UUAGACUUGUCAAAACCAUCGAUAGGGUUUAUCAAAGCACAAUCCCCUUAAACCCUAGCCCCUCUUUCACACAGAGAUGGGUGGAUCACGGCGGAAGUACAAGAGAUCAAGAACAAAAGUGAGAGUGGGUCUGCCGAAGAAGAACCCUAAUGUGUUCAAACCGGCGUUUUCUCUUCCACCGAAGCUCCGGUCACUGGUCAACUCUCAUUGGGAUGAUAAAGGCAGCGUAAUCGAUAAUUACAAGUCAUUCGGCGUCGUUUCGAACCCUAAUUUGCUUGGUGUUCGUUGCCGGACCUCUCAUAUGAUUGAAACUGACUCUCUUCAAGUUCCGCCGCCGAAGAAGCUGCCACCUACCUCUGAGGAUGAUGAUGAUGAUGCCGAUGCGUUUGAGGAUUUGGAUGAUUCUGGCAGUGACGUUGAGGAAGACGAUCUUAAGUCAGCACUUGGGAAGAAACGAAGGGAUGGAAAAAGUGCCCCUCUGCAACCACUGACUACCAUACAACGAGUUUAUAUUAGCAGGCUUGUGGAGGAGUAUGGAGAUGAUUAUCAGAGCAUGUUCAUGGACACAAAACUCAAUAAGAUGCAGCAUUCUGUAGCAACAUUAGAGAAACUCUGCAAAAGAUAUCAGAUGUACAAGGAUAAAAAUCCAUUACUUGUUGGCACUUAAAACACAAUCCGGGAUAAUUCACAUGACAAUAUGAUUCUAGCUAGACCGAAGACUCGGUAGGGUCACUCAUUCAUCAGGGCUGAUCUGGUAGCACUUUCCUUUUUCUUUUCUCUUCGCUUUUUGAUUUAUAAGUUUUGAAUGGAAGACCUGGCGGUUGGUUUGCAUUGUUAGCCAAUCUUUGCACAACCGAGUUCUUGUGUUAGAGCUGCAUUUACAGAAGUGACGGAAAUGAAGUGAGCGCCCCCGAUGCAGUAUUUAAGCUUAUUUUCCCUUUCUGCGGUUGAAUCUUGUGAUUUCAUUGUAAAAUGAGAUAGAAAUCGGAUGAUGGCUGUGUAUUAUUUAUAACAUUACUCUCCUUUUCACCGCAUUUAUUGGGGGAAAUUAAUAGUUAAUUAGUAUA